GGGAAAUUAGAAUCUAGUGAUGGGUCGUACAAUUGUUAGGCAUCAUUAUUGUCCGACCAUCUCAAUGUUUUUUUUUUUAUAGAAAAUAGUAAUAAUAAUAACAAUUUCUGAUUGCUUUCUUUCUUCCUUUUCUCGUGGUGGGAAAUCAGAGGCCAGUUGCAAUUUGAACGUAGUAUUAUAUCCAAAAUCUAACAAUUCAUUGGUCUCUAAAACAAUAGUAACAAAUUAAAUAAUACGCAGUCAAAAGUUUGAUUAAUCUUCGCACUCGUGACAAAGAAAUUAGAAAAGUGGCAAGUAAGAUCUACUCUAUUAGCGAUCACAAUUGAAUAUGGAAUCUGGAUUUGCGGGUGCACACAUCGAUCCAAUCCGAUCAAAGCAGGAAAAAUGGUUGUUGACGAAUUUUGGACUGGACACAUAUUUUAUCCGCUUAUGAAAUUGUCAGAUUAAUCGGAUGCAAAAAUCCAAUUCGCUUUCCACCCCCCUUCGCGUCCCAAAAAAAAAACAAUGUUGUUUUGCAUAUUACUUUAGUAACUAGGGAUUAUUUUGCUGGUUAGAUUUGGAUGAUGAGUUUGGCAUUCACAUCCAACUUAUCAUGGAAAUGAAACACAUCCAACAAGUACGAUCUAGGAUCAAGAAACAAUAAAUUAUUUUGCUUGUUAGAUUUGAAUGAUGAGUUUGACAUUCAAAUCCAACUAAUCAUCAAAACGAAACAAAUCCAACAACCAAAUUACAAUCUUUUCCAAAUCCACUGUACACUUCAUUGCUCUUAUCAAGUUAUAGGAAAUCUACAGUCAUACACCUCAUAUCACACACACUCUUUCUCAACCAGCCCCACUGACAACUUACAGUACAUAUCAUGUCAUGUCAUUCCAACUCAUGUUGUCACUAAAUUUGGGCCAGUUUUCAGUUUUCACCUACCUAGUUAGCUUCUUAUAUUUACCAACCUUCCCCAUUCAAUUCAAUCCAAUAUAUACAUAGAUGCUUCUUAUCCCUUGUUUUUUAUUAUUUACAAAUGGAUUGUUUGCAUUGCCCUUUGAAUGAUCGAUUACAAGAGAAAUCAACAGGAAAACCAGAGAAAGAUCUUAUUUGUUAGAAAAUAAGGUCUUAGCAUAAGUGGUGAAUGUGUUUAGACUAUUUUCGAGAAGUUUCAGAUUUUGUAGUAAUAUAUCUGAGUACAAGUGUACAACCAAUAAAUACUUCAAUUAAAACAUAGCAGUAAAUCGAACAAGGAUUCACAUCCAUAUUUUACAUGAGAAAGAAUGUAAUUUUUUACGAAACCAUUAAUAUCGAAGGAAUAGUAUAAGUUAAGUGAAGUAGUGAAACUUCAAAAAAAAUAGUAUAAGCAAGCUGGCUGCUCCCAAAAACCCCUAAUAACUGGAACACUGACCACUUAUCAUUCACCCACCUAACCACCUUGUAGGGAAAGGUACAUCAACUUGCCAUGGAACCCACCUGCCUGAAUGACGAAACUAGGCCACAGUCUGCCACCAAGUGACCUCUCUGCAAAUUGAGGAAUACCAUAUGCACCAAAACCUACAUUAUAAGUUGUCAUCAAUUUACUCAAAAAGAAAUAAGAGAAAGAAAACAUACACCUCUUCAUUUUGUACUGUUGUGUGUUUCUCUGCACACAAUAAGAGGAGCUUUCCUUGAGCUUCUGGAAACUUGAGAGAGGAAGAGCAAAAAAACUAAAAGUGAAAAUGCAGAUCAGAGGCAUAGCUCAACAAUCUCCCCUGCUUUCCCUUCAAAACCCACGUUCAAAUCUUGCCUCUCAACCUAGAGUGUGUCGGUUCAAUCACAAUGACCUGGGUUCACUAGCAUUCAGGGUUCAGCAACAUGGGUCUGGUUUUUCAGGUCAAAGUUUGAGACUUUUCCCCCUAAUAGAUGAAGGGGAGAAGAGAUCUCUAGUGUUGCCUUAUUGCAUUGGUUCAAGCAACAAGCUUUUUGGAGAUCAUGAGCAGCCUGAAGGAAGUAGUAGUAGUAGUAGUAGUUUUGUGCCUAAAGUUGCAUCUGCAGCAGAUUUUAGUGGGGAGGAAAGAGGAGUGGAAGAAGAAGAAGAAGAAGAAGGGUUUGAGAGGCAGAGUUUGUGGAAGCAAUUGAAACAGAUUGUGGAGUUUUCAGGACCAGCCAUGAUCAUUUGGCUGUCUGCUCCAGCUAUGAGCCUUGUUGACACUGCUGUUGUUGGUCGUGCCAGUUCAAUUGAGCUUGCUGCAUUAGGACCUGCAACUGUGCUGUGUGACUAUGUGAGACUUGUGUUUGUGUUCCUUUCGGUUGUCACAUCAAACAUUAUUGCCGUUUCACUUGCCAGACAGGACAAAGAAGAAGUUCAGCACCAGAUAUCUAUCCUACUCUUUGUUGGGUUGACUUGUGGGCUACUGUUGCUUUCAUUCAUCAAAUUCUAUGGUGCAUGGGCACUUACUGCUUUUGCAGGACCCAAGAAUUCUCAUAUUGUUGCAGUAUCAAAUGGAUACAUUCAGAUUCGAGCCUUGGCAUGGCCUGCAGUUCUUGUUGGGUUGGUGGCUCAAGGUGCAAGUCUUGGGAUGAAAGAUUCCUUGAGACCCAUGAAAGCUUUGGCUAUUGGUGGUAUCUUAAAUGCCAUUGGUGAUGUGGUCCUAUGCAACAUGUUAGGGUAUGGGAUUCGUGGAGCUGCUUUCGCUGCAAUUGUCUCACAGUUUGUUGCAGCUUAUGUGAUGAUUGAAGGCCUGAACCAGAAAGGUUACAAUGCAUUUUCCAUCAAGGUUCCUAAGCUUGACGAACUCGUUACUAUACUUAGGCUUGGUACACCGGUGUUUGUGACAACAAUGUCAAAGAUGGCCUUCUACUCUGUGAUGAUAUACUUUGCAACCUCCAUGGGGACAUAUUCUGUUGCAGCUCACCAGGUCAUGGUCCAAAUAUUCACCAUGUGUGGAGUAUGCGGCGAGCCUCUCUCACAGACCUCUCAAUCAUUCAUGCCAGAACUGAUAUAUGGUGUCAACAGAAACUUGGCCAAGGCUAGAAGUCUGCUGAAGUCCAUAGUUUCACUAGGGAUGAUAGUUGGAUUGAUUCUAGCCGCCAUUGGAACUUCAGUCCCAUUGUUGUUCCCAAACAUCUUCACACAAGACCAAAUGGUUGUUCGAGAGAUGCACAAGAUAGUGGUACCUUACUUCAUUGCAUUGGCCAUCACACCUUUCAUUCAGACCCUUGAGGGAACCUUGCUGGCAGGGAGGGACCUCAGAUUUCUGAGCAUGUCAAUGACGAGCUGCUUCUCUUUAGGCGCUGUGGUGCUCAUGCUUGUGAGCAGCAAAGGGUAUGGUCUACCAGGCUGCUGGUUUGCCCUUGUUGGAUUUCAAUGGGCACGGCUUUUCCUGGCUUUCCGCCGGCUUCUGUCUCCCAAUGGAAUGCUUUACUCCGAUGAUCAAAGCAGAUACAAGCUAGAGAGCCCGAAAGCUGCUUGAACUUUGAGCUAUUACAGCGUUUCGACUAGAAAAGCUAGACACUUUCUUAGGCAUCACAUCAUCCCAGCAGCCCUUCUUGCCCUGGAAAAGACAUGGAAACAUGAAGGAGUUGCCCAGACAGCAACCUUUGAGUCUGGGUUUUUGUUGGCAGCUGUAUCUGUAUCUAUACUGUAACUGUCCAGAAUGUAGACUGUAUAUAUAUAUAUAUCAUUCUGCACGUCUAAUAAGAUUGGUGUUUUUGACAUAAGGAAAUGGAGAAGUAAAAGAGACUGGAAUGGAAGUUUGAAAUUUUGGGGAGGAAGAGAAUUUGGUUGCCGAAGUAUGCCUUUUCUUUACCUUUUGCACCUGUCGAUCAAAAAGGAAAGUAAUUGGCUUUUAGUGUCCAGGUACGUUUGCUUUGUUCAGCGCAGGCAAAUGUUGGGUAUUUUAGGCCAUAGAAACACCAAUAGGGAGGGGAUUGAGAACUGGAGGUUGAAAAGGAAGUGAAGUUGCAGACAAUACUUGUAACCAAUUGAUCCCAGCCGUCGGUUCCUAUUGGUGGCUCUAAACAAAAGUUCAAAACUUUG